GACGAUGCCUUGUGGAGUAAUGAAGUGUCCGCACAAAGCUUGAAUAUUAAUGGCUCCAAAAGGAGUGUUGAUGUUGACUAGUAUUGUGAAAGGGGACGGACGCAAUAUCGAGGAAGAAAACUCCAGUUCAGCUUUUCUCGCAGACCUCUGCUUGCAAGACGUCUCCAGUUUUUAACACGGUAGCUGUUGGAGAGGAGAGAAGGAUACUCAAUAAUGAUCGCCGCGAGCUUUAGGGAUUGCAAGGCAUGGAAGUCAGAAGGUCUACCGCUGUCCACCAGCAGCAACGAGGCCUGCAAAAUAUAUGAUGCCAUUCUCACACAGUACGUAACCUGGCGGAAUGACGAGAAUCUUGGGGGAAUAGAAGGAUGUAUGGCUGCAGUCCGAGCCGCUGACCCGAAUUUUGUGAUGGGUCAUGUGAUCAGUACCGGACUGGAGUUGGUGGGUACUGGAAGCUCAGUUCUGCGGGAUGAACGAUUGGCCAGUGCGGUGAGGAGGACAGUGGAGCUGGCUCAAAGCCAAGACAUCACACCCAGAGAGAAACUGCACACUAAAGCCAUUGAGCUUUUCUCCAAAGGAUCUCUGUCCAAGGCUUGUGACGUGUGGGAGGAGAUCUUGGUGGAUCACCCAACAGACAUGCUGGCUCUGAAGUUUGCCCAUGAUGGCUUUUUUUACCUGGGCUACCAAACCCAGAUGAGAGAUUCAGUGGCCAGAGUGCUGCCACAUUGGAAACCUCACAUGCCUCUUUACAGUUAUCUUAAAGGACUGUAUUCUUUUGGAUUGCUUGAGACACAUUUCUAUGACCAAGCCGAAAAAGUGGCCAAAGAGGGUCUCGCCCUUACACCGGAGGACGGCUGGAGUGUCCACUCAGUGGCUCACGUGCAUGAGAUGAAGGCAGAGGUGGACAAGGGCCUGAAGUUUAUGGAAUCCACUGAGAAGGACUGGGAGGUCUGUGAUAUGCUCGCCUGUCACAAUUACUGGCACUGGGCUCUUUAUCACAUUGAAAAGGGAGAAUAUGAAGCCGCUUUGAAAAUCUUUGAUGAGCAGGUUUCUCGGCGCUGUCUGAAGUCUGGGGCUAUGUUAGAUACAGUAGAUGCCUGCUCUCUGCUCUACAGACUGGAAAUGGAAGGUGUGAACGUAAAGGACCGUUAUCGGGAGAUGCUGCAGGUUACCCAGCCUCACACUGAGGACCACACUCUGUUGUUUAAUGACCUCCACUUUCUUAUGGUGUCUCUGGGAUGCAAAGAGACGGCUACCACUCAGCUGCUGCUCGAGAGCCUCAGGGAACUGGCCAAAGACCCAGGGGAGAACGUGCAGUUCCAGUUAGCAGAGAGAGUCGGACUGCCGAUGUGUCAGGCCCUGCUGGAGUACGACCAGGGCAACUACAGCCAAACCGUAGAGCUGCUCAAGCCCAUUCGAUAUUGCUUCAGUGAGAUCGGAGGCAGUGAUGCCCAGAGGGACGUCUUCAAUCAGCUACUCAUUCACGCUGCCGUUAAGUCAGGAGACAAACGCCACCAAAAAUUUGCAAGGUGUCUGCUACUAGAGCGGGACGCGGUGCGGCCAAACUCUCCACUCACUGACCGCUUGAUUCAGAGAGCCCAUGCCCUACACAUCUAAUGCACAGGGCUUCAGCAAACACCCAUGCUCAUCCCCCAGUUGACUGAAGUGAAGUCCCCAGCCAAUGGGAUGGUGUUAAAUAAACAUUUGCUAGAUAAAUGGCUUCAGUCUGAAGCAAAUGGUAUUGGUUAAUGGAGUGUCAGAGUUGUAUCGUAUCAGAUCUUUUCUCCAGAGCUAUGAGACACGCUUGCUUAAUCAAUCAAAAGUGUGAAGUGUAAUUUGAAUACUUAAUUGUUUCAUCACUUUUCCAUGCGCCAUGCUUUAUAAAGCGCUAUCAAUUAUCUGAUAUUUCUGCUUGGACCAACAACAGUUUUUUUAAUUACCUGUUUUACUGGAGAGUAGUUUUUACAAAAUGCUUAUUAAGACCUCGGCUGUUGAAAACAGAGUACUUCAUCUUGUAAUUAUAACUUUGCAAAACUGUACAGAAGUUGGAUAAUAAGCUAAGAGAAAUAUGAAAGCUUCUUGGAAUGCACCCUGGUCUUGUGCCAAAGAAGUAAAGAACAAUUUCAGCAUUUACUUGAUCAGAUUUUAAUGCAAAUGUAACAUUUAUAAAUAGUCAUUUUUUGCUUCAAAAAAAUAAAUAAAUUUAAAAAACAAAACCAAAAAAAAAAACAAAAA